CAGGCUGGUGGGGGCUGAACAAUGGUGUCCCUCUAGCCGCCUCCACCUCCCCACACAACCCAACCCGGAUCGGGAGCAACCGAGUCGGGCGGAAAAGCAGAAAGGCAGCGCCGUCACACCGGACCGGACCGGACCGCACCGCAGGCGCUCCUGGGCCGCCGGAGGAGGAUUCGACAAGCGGAGGACGGGGAGGAGGGCAGGACCGACGCACACGGGGGGCUGGCGGCGUUCACCGGAGCAUCAAAACGUUGAGAAUAUCGAGCAAAUGGUUUUCUCACAGCCAUUAAGGCUGUAGUCGACGCGGGUAGUAUUGCCUUCUUCUUGUUGUUAUUAUUAUUAUUAUUAUUAUUCUGCGCGGAAACAUCCAGUUUAAAGGGCAAGAGGAAAGUAUCUCAACCCAAGCAGCGACGGAAAGCCCUGCUUUGUUUUGAACUGAAUGGCUGAAUGAAAGUGAAGUGAAUUGAUCCGAUUUCUAAUCACCGUGCAUUUCAACAGCCCCGCUGCCCUACAGAUUGCGUGUCCCCUUUUUUAUUUAGGAAGUUGUGGUUGUUUGUUCGGUCGAUAUGGGGGCAACGUAAACAUGGAAUGGGUUUUCAAAGCGGGGACGCCGCCAUAAUAUUUAUCUUUUGCCGGAAUCCGGGGAAGCGAAAAUCGACACAAUGUUUCUGGGGCAGCCCGGGCAGAGAUUGAAGGACUCCGGCCCCAGGUCCUAAGGGCGAUCCGACAGCCAGGAGUGGGGGGGGAACAAAAUGAAACUAAAUUAAAGGCGGAGUAGAAACAGAAAUCGGAGGAACUGCUGUCUUACUCGUCGAGAUUAUUUCGGAUGAAACAUUAAAAGCGGCACGAUUCCUCCCCCCAGGUGGUCGGGGUGCUCCAUGCGUGCUGCAAGACAGGCUGGCUUUCAUCGCUUUUUGCGUUCGGCAGAAAAAAAGAGACAGAGGGAGCAACUGGAUUUUCACGUUUUAAUGUGAUCUUUUUUUUGGGGGGGGGGGGAGAAAAUCACUUUCAUUACUGGAGUUACCACGUCGUGUGCAUUGUCUGUGCCUGGAAGACAUUCGUGAAUUGCGGACGGUGUUGGAGUACAUGUACUUGGGAACUUCCUGGAGCGCUUAGACCAUCGCAGUUAACAGCGCAUUUCGUUUUACUCUGAAGUACCAGGGUAUCCGUCGCCUUCUGUCAUGGCCGCGGUGGUCAACUACUCACCUGCCUGGUGGGUCAACCUGCUGCACCGAUUACCUCACUUCAGCCUCCAGUUUGAACAAAUAAGCAGCGAUUUUCGGCCAGAAGACUCUCAAUACCAACAGUCGGUGCUGCUGCUGGGGAGCCUGGCGCUGGCCUGCCUGGCGCUGGACCUGCUCUUCCUGCUCUUCUAUUCCUUCUGGCUGUGCUGCCGCCGCCGGAAGAGCGACGAGCAGGCCAACAACGCCGACUGCUGCUGCACGGCCUGGUGCGUCAUCAUCGCCACCCUCGUCUGCAGUGCCGGCAUUGCUGUGGGUUUCUAUGGGAACGGCGAGACCAGCGAUGGAAUUCACCGGCUCACAUACUCUCUCCGGCACGCUAACCGAACUGUGGCGGGAGUGGAGAGAUUGGUGUCGGACAGCACCACCGCCCUGAACCAGACGGUGGAGGAGGGCCUGCAGGAGCUGGAGAAGCAGUACGCCAAGCACACUGACUACCAGUCCAUUGUGCAGAAGCUGCAGGGCCAGCUGGACGAGCUGGUGCGACAGAUGGUGGAGAUCCCCUUCUGGGGGAACAGCGACGUCUCCCUGGAGGAGCUCUCCGUGAGAACGGAGCUCUACGACUGGUACAGAUGGCUCGGUUAUUUGGGACUACUUCUUUUCGAUGUGCUCAUCUGUCUGCUCGUGCUGUUUGGCCUUAUUCGAAACUCAAAGGGUACUCUUAUUGGCGUCUGUUUGCUAGGUGUGCUGUCGCUCAUUAUCAGCUGGGGAUCCCUGGGCGUGGAGCUCGCGGUUUCUGUGAGUUCAAGUGAUUUCUGCGUAUCUCCAGACAUGUACAUCUCCAAAGUGACUGAAGAGAAUCAAGUGGUCAACAAAGACAUUCUGGAGUAUUACCUGAAAUGCAGCUUGGGGCUGCCAAACCCUUUUCAGCAGAAGCUGUCAGGAAGUCACAAGGCCUUGGUCGAGAUGCAGGACGAUGUGGCAGAGCUGCUUCGCUCAGCAGCUCGUGAAUAUCCACAGACCAAGAGAAAUUUGGAACAAAUCCAAGGGGUGUUGAACUCGACUGAGAUUGGCCUGCACCAGCUUACUGCCCUCGUGGACUGUCGCAGCUUGCACAUGGACUAUGUGCAGGCUCUCACGGGCCUGUGCUACGACGGGGUGGAGGGCCUGAUUUACUUAGUGCUGUUCUCCUUUGUCACCGCGCUGAUGUUCAGCUCCAUAGUCUGCAGUGUCCCUCACACCUGGCAGCACAAGAGGAACGAGGAGGAUGGCGAGGAGGAGUCCGUGGCACACGGGAACCGACAGACUCACGAUAACCUGUACCGUGUACACAUGCCUAGUCUGUACAGCUGCGGGAGCAGUUAUGGUAGUGAGACCAGCAUUCCUGCUGCUGCACACACUGUCAGCAAUGCACCCGUCACAGAGUACAUGAGCCAGAAUGCAAACUUUCAGAACCCUCGGUGUGAGAACACCCCACUGAUUGGCAGGGAGUCCCCUCCACCUUCUUACACCUCAAGCAUGAGGGCCAAAUACCUCGCUACCAACCGACCAGACCCGAACAACACUGUACACUAAAGGCCCACUCGCUCACUGACCAUCCUGAAACCCUACAGCUUCUGGACUCUUCCACUAGAUCCAUCACCACGUCGUCACCCACCCCCCCCCCCCCCACCCCUCCGCCAGCACCCCCGCCACCUCCAGGCAAAGAUCUGCUUUUGUUUCCUCUUCACCCAGACCGGACAUUCAAGCAGUUUCAGUCAAGCUAAUGAGCCAUUUACUACUUGGAUGUGCACUUAAAAUGGAAAGUAUUGUGUGCGUGAGUGUGUGAAUAAUACAAUAAUACACCUGGGUCAGAUUUUUCCUUUUGUUUUUAAAACCUCGAUGCUGUUGCCCCUGCAUCCCUAUGCCAGAAUCGGACAGGGCAGCCAGCAAGACGAGUUCGGUUUCGCUCGCCUGCAGGAAGGCCAAAGCACACUCCGCUCCACCUGGCCUCAAAUCACGGAAGUCAUUCCCGAUGCGUUCUGCCCCGGAUGUUCACAAGUUAUCGGGAUGUUCGAAUUGCCAGGACUUUACUGAUGCGGCUUUUUCCCCAGACGAGAGAUGUUCUAUCUCACUGGAUCUUCAGCCCCUGCUCGCUCUGUUCCUCCUGCAUUGAGCCACCCACCUGCUUGUAAUUAUGCAAGUCGUGCGUGCUGAAAUACAGGCCUCGCCCCUUUUUUUAAAAAGCAGCGUUUUAAUCGCGGCCCGCUGCUCCCUGAUCACAUUAUCCCGAUCUGCUGAUCGAGUCGAGUGUAAAUAAAUCUUUGAAGAAGACCCACGCAUGCGUGGCGACUGUGUGGCCAUAUUCCAGUCAGAGUGCGAAAGCUGCGUUUCAGUACUGUGCCAUGUGUCGGAGAGCAAACAGUAUUUUGUAUUUCUGAGUCCUCAGCGGCCUCUGGAUGCACACCUUUACAGAUCUGCAGCUGGUGGAGGCACCGUCUGUGUAUGCAACAUUAAUUGGCUGCAAUAAUGUAACUUAGGUUUGUGGCUGAGCAAUAGUCAAAUAGGUUCUUCUUAACUUUUUAAAACUUGAUGAUUUUAAAUUUCGUAUCAAGAUAGGUCAUUCGUAAAACUUGAUUUUCAGAAAACCGCCCUUUUUUGUGGUGGAUUUCACUGCUUUGAAGAAACGAUUAGCAAAAGGCUCGUUUUUAAGAUUUUGUUUGUGCAUAAUUUAAACCUGAUUUACUGUACAUUUCUGAAGAAUAUGCAGAACACUUUGUAUGUUAUCUUUGUUGAUUUAUUUGGUUGGUUCAUUAAGAGCAAACUAAUACUGGAAAUAAGUGACUGGUCACACUGAUCAGAAAAUGGAGCUGUAGUACCGCAAACAUGGUAGCUUUCGGGGCAAAUUGAAUUUUGCACCGUUGAAGGAGGAGGGAAAGAACAGUGUCGCAGAAUAAAGGGCAGUAGUAUUCCUACUGCUUAGGGGCAUGCUCAGGAAGUGAUUCUACAUUUUUGGUUUUAUUUCUACACACAAAGACAAGGGGGGUAAACUGUUUUUAUUAGAAGGGGCAGGGUAAAGUAUGCGGAUUCCCUUAAAACUGCCAUGAAUUAUGUGGGACCGCUUCUAACAAGGGGUUCAGAGGGGGUUGUCUUGACCCCUAUUGUGAAAGCUAACUGGGUGCGCAUUAUAUAGGCCAUAUAACACCCCUCAGGGGGGCGCUAUUGUACAGAGAUGGGUGAAGGCUUGGCUAUGGCGUUUUUUGCAAGGUGCUGUGGAAUAAGGAACUGUGAUUAAAGGUGUCCUACACGCAUUCUUUCAUUCCUUCUACAAUACUGGCAUUAUUUCUCUUAAAUAGCAAAUGAAAAAGGGACCGGAUUUUUUCCAGAACUGGUGAUAAGGUUUUCACAUUGUAAUCCUGGCAGAGAAACACAUGAUUACUGUGCACUGGAAAUCUGCUUGAGCGAUAACCACAAAACAGAACAUGCCUUGUCUUCAGGAGAUCACAGGUGCAAACUAACUGAGGGCCAUUGACAUUGUUCAUUUUUUUUUGUCAAAGAACCUGUCUUACUUUGUGGAAAAAGAAAGCAAGAAAAAUGUUCUGCUUUUCCACGCAUUUCUGACUUAUCAUUGCAUGGACAUAACACCCUGCUCAGAUUACUGUAAGUUACGAGCUGGAUUUCAGUAGGCUGCACGCAUACUAAAGAAAAAACAUGGGACCAGUGGCCUACCAUUGUUAAUUAUAAUGACUUGUUAAAACAAAAGUGUGACUUUGUUCUUUCCCAGGUUUUGCAAACAGAGUGAUACAAGGUCCAGGAGCCAGAGGGAGGAAUUUGUAUUGUAGUUCACUGACGUUGUGAGCAUUUGUGUGCAUGUUAAAUGUGAAACGGACGUCGCUUACAGCAAAAUUGAGUAAGGCAGUAUGGUCAGUGCCAAAUGUGUGAACAAGGAAAGGACUUUCUGACCUUAAUCGUUAACUGCGAAAGGGGAGCGAUGCAGAAUGGAAUUGGGAAAAGUCAGAGGUGUCUGAUGGACCCUUGCAGUCUCUGCUCUUUUUCAAGUACUGUAUUACAAGAUCUACACGAGAUGUCUUUCUAGACGCUUUUGUUUAAAGUGUGAAAAGCAUUGGGAAUGCACCUGAAAUGAGCGCGUUGGUGCUUUUUCUUCAUAUACAAUGUGACUUAACAAAUACUAGGGGUUUUUGUUUUUAUUUCUUCUCCUUCCUCCCCCCCCCUAUCGUGGUCUGAAUGUGUUUUGGGGUUCUGGAAUCAAGGGGCAGUGGAGCUGAGGACCGCCGCGGACAGCGGCCACCGCACACGGUCUUUUCUCGAAAGCACAAGCCCUGGACUUAUUUAUACCGUGGUAAGAAAAGCACACCUGCCAAGGAGCCGAGAACUGUGCAGUGUGAAUCCGAUCGGGUGGAAGGACGGCUCCGCGCUUCACCUUGAAAGACUUUGAUUAAAACUGUAAGAUAUUUUGCUGUGAAUCUCUCAGACUUCCAGUUUUCUAGUGCUAGUGUAAUUCCUGUGUGUGAAGUGGUCAGUGCGUCUGCUUGCCAAUGAAAAAGGGCUCAAACUCUCACGCUGACUCGCCCAUUUCCCUUUCCCCUGUCAAAUCCCACACAAGAAACUGUAUUUAAACAGUGAUAAUGCCAUGAGAAGAGACCCUCAUAGAGUAGUGGUGCUUGUCUAUAUAGCAUUUCGGUGUUUAAAAAAUAUCUGAUGGUGAAAUUAUCAGGCUUAUAAAAGAGCACUCCCUUUUAAGGUAAAGAAAAAACAAGAACUAAAAUCAUAGGACUCUUUCAGCUUCCAACCGAGAAAAAAACAUGUCGGUUGAUAUCCGAACACUUUUAAUACUCUGAGGACCUGGUUUUGAGGAAAUGUCUGAAAGAAAAGUUUAGUUUUGGGAUUGCGUAACCCUGGAAAUGUAAAACACAGUAUUGAACUACUAAUGUGACCAUAGGGGUUGCUCAGUUUUUAUCAUGGAAGCCUGUUUUCUUUUUGGUACCUUUUGUUCAAACAACAUUUUUAAUGCCCGAGAAAAACGGUUGUACACAAAAAGUUGUGUUCUGUAAAUUUUGCGACCACCAAAAAUAUAUCUCUCUUAUUUGCCCUUUUUUGUUGUUUUACAUCACUGUCCUUUUUGUAAAUUUACAUUUUUUAGUAAGCCCAACGAACCAAAAAACACACCUCAGUGAUAUUUGAGCCCUAACUUUCUAAAAGAGAACAAAUAUGUAGUUUUUUUUUCUUAUUCUGUGAGAAAAGACCGUUUUAUGUAAUAGUGAGACAAUCUAUUGUUUUUAAGUAGCAACUUUCUCUUUAUUAAUAAUUGCUAGAACAAUGUAUCUAAAAAGUAAUGUUUGCACGAAGAAGAGAAAAUUCUGGUAAAAUACAAUUUGCCUUUGUAAACGUUUUUAAACCAUUACUUUUUUUCUUUGUCAUUACCACUUUUUUUAUGAAAUAGCUUUGAUUUUCUCAGUGUAUUGGUGUUACUAGCGUACACGGCAUUUUUUUCUUUCUCAAUUGUCAAUAAAUUUUGGUCUUGCAUUACUGUUUUUAAUACUUACUUUUUUCUUUUUGUUACUUUAUAAUAUUGUUUUGCAAUUACUAAACUGUUGUACAUGUUAAACCUGUGGUUUUAUUGAGCUUGACUUCAGUGUUUUAAAAUCCAAUUAAAGUUACCUUAACCGAUGAA